CAUUAGUGCGUCCCAUAAAGAGCAAGUUUUGCAUCCUCCUGUCUUGAUUCAUUCACAAAAUAUUUUCCUGGAAGAAAAUCGUGAAAAAUACGUAAAAUAAUGAACGUAAUCUCGGCGAUAAAGCUGUACAUUACCAAGAUGGCCAAUGAGUCUGGCCCAGGGAUGAAGAUCCUCCUCAUGGACAAGGAAACGACCAGCAUCGUGUCAAUGGCCUUCAGUCAGUCAGAUAUGCUGCAGAAGGAUGUUUUCCUGUUUGAACGAAUUGACUCUCCGCGCUCCAAUGAACGCAUGAAGCACCUCAAGUGCAUCGUCUUUCUGCGCCCUUCCAAAAAUAACAUUGCCCUCCUCUCCCAUGAGCUACGGAGCCCCAAGUAUGGAUCCUACUACGUCUAUUUCAGCAACAUUAUUCCCCGGACUGAUAUCAAACUCCUGGCUGAGAGUGAUGAAAGUGAAUCUGUGCGGGAAGUCAAGGAGAUCUAUGCUGACUACCUCUCUGUCAAUGAUAAUCUCUUCUCCCUGAACAUUCCAACGUGCAUGCACGCCCUCAAUUGGACAGCAGACGCUCUCUCGAGGAGUGUGGAAGGUGUGACAGCUGUUCUGCUGUCCCUGAAGAUGAAGCCAGUCAUACGUUUCCGGGCGGGGAGUACUGUAGCUCAGGCACUAGCGAAGCAAGUCAAUGAGAAGAUAUCCAAAGAAUCGGCUCUUUUUGAGUUUCGCGUGCAGGAAUCCGGAGCUCCUCCUCCACUUCUGUUGAUUCUCGAUCGUCGGGACGAUCCUGUUACCCCAUUGCUGAAUCAAUGGACCUACCAAGCCAUGGUGCAUGAACUGCUGGGCAUCAACAACAAUCGUGUGGAUCUUUCGGGCAUUGCCGGAGCACCCAAAGAUAUGAAAGAAGUUGUCAUGUCCGUGGAUCAGGAUGAAUUCUAUGCGAAUAAUAUGUACUCGAAUUUCGGUGAAAUCGGCACAACGAUUAAAGGUCUCAUGGAUGAAUUCCAGAAGAAGGCAAAGGAUCAGAAGAAAGUAGAGAGUAUUGCUGAUAUGAAGAAUUUCGUGGAGACUUAUCCGCAAUUCCGGAAGAUGUGUGGCACUGUUACAAAGCACGUUGUGGUGAUUGGGGAACUCUCAUCGCAAGUUGCGAAGAAUAUGCUGCUGGAGGUGUCAGAGCUGGAGCAGGAAAUUGCCUGCCGGGCGGAUCAUUCUGCGCAACUUCAGCGUGUAAAGCGUCUUGUGGGUGAAGGGAAGGCAAGCCUGAAGGAUGCCCUUCGGCUCAUCCUCCUCUACUCCCUUCGCUAUGAACGUCAUGCAAAUUGUGACAUCACAGGGCUGCUGCAGACACUCAAGAGUCGUGGAGGGCCAGCACAUAUUGUUCCAAGGAUGCUGGAGUAUGCGGGGCAGCAUACUCGACAGGGGGAUCUCUUCAGCACGGUAAAGAUCACGGAUGCCGUGAAGUUGACGCGAAGCCUCAUCAAGGGGCUCAAGGGUGUAGAGAAUGUCUUCACGCAGCAUUCCUGCUUGCUCAAGGAAACCCUCGAAGAUGUCAUUCGUGGUCGUCCACUGGAUCCUCUCUAUCCAUCAAUUGGCUCUGAAUUGCCCUUCCGGAGGCCCCCGCAGCAUGUUAUUGUCUUCAUUGUGGGCGGUGCGACGUAUGAGGAAGCCCUGGCGGUGGCGCAACUCAACACGACCGGUCAGAGGAUCAUCUUAGGCGGCACAACCAUCCACAACAGCGAAUCCUUCUGCCGGGAAGUUAUAGCUGCAACAGCGGGAGUGCCAUUCAAGCAUACACGAUCCCUGCAGCAAUUCCAUGCCACAGACAAUGCCUAGAAAGCCAUCCUCCUAGCACGACAAGUUCUUCAUCACCCCCCUCAUGCUAUAUUCGCAUAAUUCUGUUCAGUCUCAAUGUGAUAUGUGUUUUAAAGUUUAUGAUUUUUAUUUAAAUGAAAAAUAUAGAUUUAUCAGAGAUUAACAAAA